AUGGCCUCUCUUGACAAGCUCGCCAUUCGCGGCGUCCGCUCCUUUGACGACAAGUCAAUCAACAUCAUCCAAUUCUUCCACCCACUCACCGUAAUCGUAGGCUACAAUGGCAGUGGCAAGACCACCAUUAUCGAGUGUCUCAAGUAUGCCACCACCGGCGACUUGCCGCCCAACACCAAAGGUGGCGCCUUUGUGCACGACCCACAGAUGGCCACCUCAAACGAAGUCAAGGCGCAAGUCAGGCUCCGCUUCUUUGCCGCCAACAAGGUCCGCAUGAACUGUGUGCGCAACCUCCAGGUCUCGCGCAAGAAGGGCGGCGGUCUCACCAUGAAGACGCUUGAAGGUCUACUCCAGAUCGCCGACGACGAUGCAAAGACGGGGAAGCGCGGUACACUGUCCACAAAAUGCUCCGAGCUCGACGAAGAGAUUCCGCGGCUGCUCGGCGUGUCCAGGUCGAUUCUCGAGAAUGUCAUCUUCUGCCACCAGGAAGACAGCAACUGGCCUCUUUCGGAACCAGCCAGCUUGAAGAAGAAGUUUGACGACAUUUUCGAAGCUACUCGAUAUACCAAGGCGCUCGACAACAUCAAGUCUCUGCGAAAAGAUCGCACCAACCAGCUCAAGGUCGACAAGGCAGCGCUUGAGGGUCUCAAGGUCGACAAGGAUCGUGCAGACACUAUCAAGACCAAACUCACUCACCUCCAAGUCGACCUCGCCCAGAAAGAAGCCAAGCUCGAAGAUCUCAACGAAGAGAUUCGCAUCAAGACGGUGCAGAACUCCAAAUUCUACGAUGAGGCCACACGCUUCCGCGAGAUCGUCAGCCGUGCAGAGACGCUCGAGGAGAAGGAGAGACUUCACAAGGAGAACAUGGAUGCACUGCAAGCUACCAUGACGCCCAUCAAGGAUUCGGAUGAAGAUUUGCAGAAGCGCAAGCAAAAGUUCCAGUCCCACUUGGAUCAGAAUCAGUCCAAGAUUCACGCGCUUAAGAGGCGACAGGCCGAGACGGAAGAUGAGCUCGAGACUCAGGAGCAGCGCCAUCGCAAAAAGCUCUCGGAGAAGGGAGGUCUCGAGGCUGAAAAACGAGCGCAUCUCCAGGCUAAGGAAAAGCGCGAAACGUCCAUCAAGCAAAUUGGCAACGAGAUUGGCAUCAAGGGCUUUGGCGGGGAUGGGCUGACCGAUGCUCAGAUUCAAGGCUUUGAGGACCGCGUCAAGGACGAGGUACGAAAACUCGACGACGAACUUGCGCGCCUGCGCGAGGCCAACUCAAAGAAAGAGGAGGAUCUCCAGACCUCAUGGCAGAACCUGCGCGCCGAUCUUCGCGCUAAGCAAAACGCCCGCGAGCAGCUCACCGACUCGGUGCGUAAGCUGCGAGAGAAGAUCAAGAGGGCGCAAGACGAGCUCGACGGCUAUGCAAUCAGUAGCGCCGACAUCGAAGCAGCCGUACGCGAUCGAGACGGCCUUUCUGCUAAAGCCGCUGCUGCUCAGAUAGAGUUCGAAGAGGCCAAGUACGAAGAGCAGAUCCGCAACAAGAACGCCGAUAUCCGCGAGAAGGACGAUCUACGCGAAGAACGAGCCUCGGAAAUUAAUCUGCUCAAUCGCCAUGCUGAGCUGCGGGCGUCGCUCGGCUUGAAGAUGCAACAGGCAGGGACACGCAGGAACAACGCGCAGGAGUUGUUCGAUCGCCACAAGUCUGCCUUGGCGGAGCGCGUCCGUCCGGACAUGCAGCUGCGCGAGGUAGAGGGUGAAGUUGCCCGCGUCCUGUCAAAGCACGAGAAGCGAGUCGAGGAGCUCGAGACGACGAAUGCGGACAAGAACAGAGAGCUGCAGCAAGUCGAGUCGGCUCUCUCGUUUACUCGCAAACAGCUCAAGACCAAGCAAGAAAUGGCAGCUGAGCUGCAGCGCGCUAUCCAAGCCAUCCUUUCGCCUGACUUUGACGAUGCAGAAGAGGCGGUCAAGAUCUGCGCCGAAGAGAUCGCCGCCGCCAAGGACGAAUACGCGUCGAUUGACUCGCUCGACUCGUUUCUUCGCCGAGUUCUCAGAGAAGCCAAGGGGAAAGGUCAUUGUUUUGCGUGCAACAGAGGCGUCACUCCAGGCGAGUACGAAGCCAUUGAAAAGCAUGUCUCGAGCACACUCAGCUCGAGCAACACGGCGCAGAAGAAACAGACGCUCAAGGCUGAUAUCGACGGUUGGACCGAGCGCAACGCCGAAUGUCAGACUGCGCUGGCUAAGGAUGCACAGCGCAAGGUCAUUCAAAAUGUCGAGCUCGUAGAGCUUCAAAAAACCAUCUCGACCAAGGAGGCGGAACUCAAGGUGGCUGCCGAGGCGGCUGAAGCAGCGUCUGCCGAGGUGGUCAAGAAGCAAACAGAGCUCAAGGAACUGCAAGCACUUCGACGUGUCGGCAAUGACAUCGCCCGACUGCUUUCCGAGGCCAAUGACCUCGAUGCUGAAGUGCAAAACAUGCGGGGAGAUCUCGCCAGUACGGGCUCGACGCAGACUGGCGAGCAAGUGCAGGUCGAAAUCGACCAGCUCGCCGCGGCCAUCAAGGUACUGAAGCGCGAGCUCAACGUUUUGCAGCAGGACCGCGAGACCAAGCGCACGCUUAUCAACAGCUUGGAACGCGAUGCGCACCGAGCCGAGGUGUCUGUGAUCACGAAAAAGCAAGAGUAUGCAAAGAAAGCGUCAAUCGAGCAACAGCUACAAGAGAUGAAUGCCGAUCUCGAAGAGCAGCAAAAGCGUACCAAGAGUCUCGACGCCGAGAUCGAGAGCGCAAAUGGACCCAUCCGUCGUGCCAAGGACGAACUCGAAGCGUUCAAGGCCGAAGCCAGCGAGGCGGAGGGCAAGCUCAGAGCGCGAGCUGACAAGCUGGAAGGGUGGGCCAAGCAAAUUCGAGAGCUGAAUGCUGCGGUCAACGCCUACAUCCAGCAGCGUGGCGAUCAGCGACUCGAAGAGUGCGAGGAGGCCAUUCAAGAGCUCGUAGACAAGAUCCAAGCCAUUCAUCGAGAGGCCAAGGAGCUCACGGACAAGGUGGCUGAGUUGCAAAAGGAGCUCAACCAGUCCCAGGCGACUGAGCGCAACAUCCUGGACAAUAUCCGCUACCGUCAGCUGGCCAAGGAUGUCGUAAAAAUCGAAGAGGAGAUCAACUCGUUGGACCUCGAACAGGCGCAACGCAGCCGAAAGCAUUUCGCCGACAAGUACACUGAGGCCAAGGAGGAAGAAAACAGGCUCAAUGGCGAAGCCUCUCACCUCAGCGGCGAGCUUGCAUCGCUGCGGUCACAGAUCAAAGGUCGUGAGCUUGAGCUGCGAGACGAGUUCAAGGGUGUCCAUCAGAACUACAAACGCAAGUUGAUCGAGGUCAAGACGUCGGAAAUGGCCAACAAUGAUCUGGAAAAGUACGCCAAGGCGCUGGAGAAUGCCAUCAUGCGCUACCAUGCGAUCAAGAUGGAGGAGAUCAACGACAUCAUUCGUUACCUUUGGCAAAAGACGUAUCAGGGUACGGACAUUGACACGAUCCUGAUCAAGUCGGACAACGAGGGGGCGCGCGGCAACAGGUCAUACAACUAUCGCGUCUGCAUGGUCAAGGACACGGUCGAGAUGGACAUGCGAGGACGCUGCUCGGCCGGACAAAAGGUGUUGGCGUCCAUUAUCAUUCGGCUCGCGCUGGCAGAGUCGUUUGGCAGCAAUUGUGGAAUCUUGGCGCUGGACGAGCCGACGACCAACUUGGACAAGGACAACAUCGAAGCGUUGGCGAGGAGUCUGGCCGACCUGAUCAAGGAGAGAGCGGAGAACAGCCAGUUGCAGCUGAUUGUGAUUACGCAUGACGAAGAGUUCCUGACGUUGCUCGGGCAGAAUGAUGUGCUCGAGUAUUACUGGAGGGUCAGCCGCGACGUGCAUCAGAAGAGCAUCAUUGAGCGGGAGCGCAUCCGCCACACGUAG